GAUUUUGCAUUUCCGGGAGGGGGGGGGGUAAACAAAACCAUUCUCUCCUGUCAGCUCCUGCUCACUGCUUUGCACAGCCAUGCAAAGCAUUGUGCUUACAGUGAACCACAAACACAGCCCAGUAUGUAAAAUGGCACACAGUUGACCCUUUGAUCCUCCCACAUGUUAACCCCUUCCUGCCCAGUGCCAUUAGUACAGUGUCAGUGCUUUUUAUUAGCUCUGAUCACUAUAUUGGUGUCACUGAGAAUGUCAGUGACACCAAGUCAGUUCCCCCAUUUCAGAUCGCCCGCUGCAGUCCCACUAUAA